AUGCCCCAGCUAUCACUAUUGCGUCAAGAUGUCAUAAAGGAUGAGGAUUGGAAUCAGAGAACAGUGUUACUAUCAAACGCAUCAAGCACCUCUACAUUGGAAGAGCAAAACUCGCAGCUCGGUCUCAUCAUUCAGAAGCGCAAUGAUGAAAUUCGGCUCUUACGAGCAGAACGCGAAACUUGGAAUCGAAAAAUGGCCGAAAUGGAGCAAAUGCUGACUGGGAAAUUGGCGGAAACGAGUCAGCUGAGGGAAGAAAAAAUUGCGUCUGAUGCACAUAGAGAGGCACAGUUUACAGCGCUACGGAUUAAGAUCUUGAGGCUGGAAGCUCAAUUAGGAACUCAAAGGAUGAAUGGGAACAUUCCUUGCGCUCAAUUACAAUUUGAAAGGGAAAACAAAACGGCCGAAAUCGCGAAGUUGAGGGCUGAUUUAAAUCGAACGACGACUUUCUUGGAUCUGGAUGGCUGGUUGUAUUUGGAAGAAACCGCUUCUUGGUACAAGGCGCUCGAUCAAGAAAUGUCAUUCGAUGAGGCCGAGGCAUAUUGUGGGGGCAGAAAGAGCCAUUUAGUCACAAUUCACAGUCAGGAAGAGAACGAUUUUGUUUGGAAACUCCCGGAAACUGUUGAUUCGGAUUCUUUGUUCUGGAUCGGACUGAAGAGAAAUUGGAACAAAGAAAAUGCUUUUGAAUGGACGGAUGGAAGUUCGGUGGAUUUCACAAAUUGGAAGGAUCCGCCAUCAACUCGAGCGAAAACUGUUUCGGUCCCAUGUCUUCAUUGUGGCUCUUGUCUGAAAAAAACGUGGUCAGUACAUCUCCUUCAACACAUCAUCACUCAUGCGUCGACUCGUCGAUUUCGAUGCUCAAAAUGUGACACCACGAAUCAUACACUCGCCGAACUCAAAAGGCAUCACAUAAAGUGUCGAGGAGAAACGAUCGAUGCCAUAGACUCAAAAAUGAUUGAGGAGUGGAGG